AUGAAGGCCACUUUCGCUCGGAUGCAGAAAAUUCGCGGCAAUCUCUCAGCCGUGGGCCAGCCGAAGGUGCCAGUGCCGAUGCCAACGGGUCCGACCGACAAACGCAGCUUUAUCUGGGUGUCUUCGCGGGACGCAGAGAUAUACCCUUUGGUGCUCUGUGUGGGCCUCGGCGUCGGGGUCGCCAUCUUCAGCGGUGUUCGCCACCUGACAUCCGACCCCGACGUCAAUCUGGACCCUGACCGCCGCGAGACGCCGGCAUGGGAGCGCUACGAGCCCGAAGAAGGCAAGACGUUUUCGCGCAACCGCCACAACUUCGCCACUCUCACGUCGAAUCCGAUCAACACUUUGACUGAGUCAUCCACGCACGAUCAAGAAGCGAACGAGUAG